AUGAAGUUGCAUUUCCGAGAUGACUGGAAAACUUUGAAAACCGAAAAGCACGACGAAGAGACGCUAGACGGACUUGAAUCAAGUGUUCAUUUCCGGCUAACCGUUGGAGUGGGUGACGAAAAUAGCUCGAAACUGUGGGGCACUACCAAAAUAUCCAACUGUUUCUUCUACACGGUCUUAAGGUAAAACUUGAGACAUAUUCAUUAACUAUUAUAUGAAGAAAAACGCAUUUUAAUUUUCAAUUUUAAAAAAAAUAAUCAGUUUAAUUUACUUCUCCGAGUAAAAGUGAAACGUCAUUUUCAACGGUCUUUAAUAAUGGGCGAGGCGCGAGCGGAUUUUAAUGCCCGCCCUAAUCAUUGGUGACCAAUCACAUUUCACGAAAUGUCAAACUGACCAUGUUCUCAUCCAAUCAACUGUUAGCAGAUAAUAAAGUUAUUAAAAUGGCAGCUCUACCAGAUUGUUUAUAUUUCUCAACAACCUAAAUCAAUCUUUAGUUUAUGUGGCUGUAUUUGAUGCUGUUUUUACCUCCUUCUUUUCAGUCAGAGUGAUCCCAGAUCAAGUUUUCUUUUCAUCAUUAUUAAAAUUUAUUUCUGAUCUCUCACAUUAACCAAAAGUAGUAAUUAGAGGCAGAAGAAACAGAAAACUUUUAAAAUGUUUUUUGAAAUAUCAUGUAAUCAACUGACACAUGAACUGUAAUAUUAAACACAUAGAUUAUAUACAUUAUAUACAUUUCAGAUGCUUAACUUGAUCAAAUAUUGAGAACCGUCAUGGAUCAUUGUAAAAUAAAAACAGUCUGACUUUUCUGUGUGAACAAAAUCAGUCUUGACUUAAAAGAGUGCCAGCCUACAUUUCUCCUUAUGGGUCAUACAUGAGCAGGACAUAAAACUAUGAACAUAAUAAGAUUUCAGGGUAAACCAAAAAACAGAGACAACAACGGGGGCAGGAUCUUGAAUGGCUGCAACUAUUAAUUUUAAGAGUUUUUAUUGCUUGUACAAUAAAGAGCAUUCAUCUUUGCAUUCAUAGUGUUAAAGUAAAACUGCUCUUUGACCCGAGCCUGUCUUUAUUCUUUCCUCUCUGCAGAUGCAUCCUUGUGUCUGAGCAUGACUGUGUUUAACAAUAGUUCAGACUCAGUGUCAGUCACACCUUUAAAGACACAUUUUUAGUGACGUAAAUGUGUCUCUAAAGUUUCCAGCUGUUUGUUUGGAUGAAGAGGUGUGACCAGCAGAGUCCUCCCUCUGAUGAGAGAUCAUCUCAGAUCAGUUUCUUCUUCCUCUUCUUCUUGAUCUUUUCUUAGCUCUCACAGAAAUAGCAGCCGUGGGCUCCUCGUUGUUGUCGUUGAGCGGAGCUGCACAGCUGCUCUCACAGGCUUCACAGAGAUGGAGACUGAGAUACGGAGGAGCAGAGACGCAAACCCUCUGUAGGUUUUUGUCGAAUGCUUUUUCACCGUGGGGACAGGGGGCCACGGUGAUACAUUCCAAUAGAGCCGCCGUACAAAAACCUCCUCCUAUUAAAACACAUUGUGCAGACGGCUGCAGGCUGUCAGGAGAGCAGAAAAACCUCCAAAAUGAAGCUGAACACGACCAGACAACACCUGAGCAGAGAAAAGAUUGAUUACAAGCAGAAAAACCUGCAGAAAUGAAGUUUUUACACGACUUUUACUCCAGAAGAGAAACAUCUGUCAGCUUCUUUUUCUCCUCUUCACAAACAGAAAACUAACCUGAACACCAUGAAGCUCAUCCUGCAUGUUUAAACCUCCUUCAUCCUCUGGAUUAUCGCUCCGUCUCCACAAGAAGAUUCUGGAAAGUUUGAAGACUUUUUGGUGGAGGAGACUUUCAGUGUGACACUGGAACUGAAGCUUACUUUGGAAAGGGGACCAAACUCACAGUUCUGGGUACGUUUCAACUUUUAUUACUUUAAUAGACUGAAACAAAAACUUCAAAUAGUCCAAUCCUCGAUAUGAAAGAGAGGAAAAUACUGUUGGAGAAAAAAGUCUGAAAUAUUGAGCUGAACAGAGACACUGUGAGCUACACUGAUCCUGCUUACUUUGGACCAGGAACCAAACUCACAGUUUUAGGUAAAUAUAUCUACUUUUAUUACUUUAUUUGGACAAAAGUCACUAAUAUACGUGUCCUACUGUGGAAAGGAGUAAAAGUUUAAAGUUAAUUAGAGAUAGAAAAAGACAGAAGAGUUUGAUGUUCAGUGUUUCUGCACUGUGACAACGUUGAAGCGUACUUCGGACCAGGAACCAAACUCACCGUUUUAGGUAAAUAUUUCAGUUUCUCACUAUAUUUACAUAAUUUCUACAUAUCCUAGAGUUUCAGUAUAAAUGUAAAUAAAAUUCAAACCUUCCCAGAGAAAUAAAUAAUAAAGAAAGAAAGAGGAGUUUGAUGUUCAGUGUUUCUGCACUGUGACAAUGCUGAAGCUUAUUUCGGACAAGGAACCAAACUCACAGUUUUAGGUAAAUAUUUCUCUUUUUCUGUGUCUAUCUUUAUGAAUUAAGCAAACUUAAGAGUCUGAUACAGGUAGAAGUAAAGGUAAAAACUUCUCAAAGUUAAUUUAAAGGCAAGAAAGACAGAAGAGUUUGUUGCUCAGUCUUUCUGCACUGUGAGCAGCAAUUACCCUGCUUACUUUGGACCAGGAACCAAACUCACAGUUUUAGGUAAAUAUUUCUCUUUUUCUGUGUAUAUCUAUAAAUUAAACAAUCUUCAGAGUCUGAUACAGAUAGACAUAAAAGCAAAAACUUAGGAGAGUUGCUUUAAAGGUGAGAAAGAAAGGAGAGUUUGUUGCUCAGUCUUUCUACACUGUGAGCAACACUUACCCUGCUUACUUUGGACCAGGAACCAAACUGACAGUUUUAGGUAAAUAUUUCAGUUUCUCACUGUUGUAAGAUAAAUUCUACAUACUCGAGAGCUAAGGUAUAAACAAAAUUAAAAUCUUCCCAAAAUAUGAAAUAAUAGAGACAGAAAGAGGAGUUUGAUGUUCAGUGUUUCUGCACUGUGACAAUGCUGAUGUAACGUACUUUGGACCAGGAACCAAACUCACAGUUUUAGGUAAAUAUUUCCCUUUUUUGUGUAUAUCAUUAUAGUUUACACAAACUUAAGAGUCUUAUCAAGAUGAAAAUAAGAAUGAAAACUUCUCAGGGUUGAUUUUAAGGUGAGAAAAACAGAGGAGUUUGUUGCUUAGUGUUUCUGCACUGUGAGCAACUUCAACGAAGCGUACUUCGGACCAGGAACUAAACUGACAGUUUUAGGUAAAUAUUUCAACUUUUUACUCUGAUGAUAGAUUUAAGUUUGUCGCAGAGUCUUAGUAUAGAUAAAAGUCCAAACUUAAUAGCAAUUAGUCUAAAAGAAAGACAGAGGUUUGAUGCUUGUCGCUGCUUCACUGUGACGACUUAAACGAAGCGUACUUUGGACCAGGAACUAAACUGACAGUUUUAGGUAAAUAUUUCUGAGUUUAUUACUUUUUUUGGAUAAAUUUCACUCACUUAAGAGUCGUGGUGUAGAUGGGAAUAAUUGUAAAAACUUCACAGAGUUGAUUGUAGAGUAUAAAGACAGAAGAGUUUGUUGUUCAUUGUUUCUGCACUGUGACAAUGCCAACGAAGCGUACUUUGGACCAGGAACUAAACUCACAGUUUUAGGUAAAUAUUUCAGCUUUUUACUGUGUUUGAUAGAUUCAACUUUGUCUCAGAGUCUUAGUAUGGAUUAAUGUAAAACUCCAAACUUCAUCAUAAUAAUUCUAAAAGAAAGACAGAGAGGUUUGAUGUUUGUCGCUGUUUCACUGUGACGACCGAAACGAAGCGUACUUUGGACCAGGAACUAAACUGACUGUUUUAGGUGAGUGAAGAGUGAUUGAAUAAUAAAAAAUAUAAACAAUAUGAGUUAUAAGACCGUAAAGUUCCUGGGUCUUGGUUAGUUCAGUUCAGAGCUUUUCGACACUAAGCCGGAGCGCUGUGUCAAUUACGAAGCUUACUUCGGACCUGGAACUAAACUGACUGUUCUCGGUGAGUAAAAGGUCAAAGUUGUUUAGAAUGUAUUUGUCUUAAAAAAGGAAACUAAAUUAAACAAUCUAAGUGUAUUUACAGUUAUGUAGUGAGUGUUAGUGAAUGUUUAAAGCAGCUUAGAGUCGAUCAGCAGCCCUUCAGUUUGAGCACAGAUGAAGUCCACUGUGACUCUGGUGCUUCAGAGGCUUACUUUGGUGGAGGAACUAAAUUAACCGUUUUAGGUAAGAACUAAUUUUCUUACUCACGAAGCUUAAAUAUAAUUUCUGUAGAAAGAGUGUAAGGAAGAUUAAAACAGUAUUUAUUCUAUGCAUCAUUCUGGACGUCUUAAAGUUCAGACUGAACUCAAACGUUUUGACGUUAAGCCUGAUCACUGUGUCAGUACGAAGCUUAUUUCGGCUCGGGGACUAAACUGACUGUUCUCGGUGAGUAAAACCUCUAAAAUUCUUAUUAUUGAUUCUCCUGUUAGACUCAUUUGUUUACAAAGAGGAGUUAAUUUUAAUGCAAGAAAAUAAGUCUAAUUGAAAACUCAUGUAGGCAGUAUCUGAGGCGGUUUUGAGCACAGACGAAGUUCACUGUGACUCUGGUAGUUAUGAAGCUUUCUUCGGUGGAGGAACUAAAUUAACUGUUUUAGGUAAGAAAACAUUUACACUGCAUUAAAUAUUCUUCAAGGUUGAUUUUUAAAGAGGUUGUAGAUGUAUUCUUAAAUUUAAAAAAACUCAUAAACUCAAACUUUUGCCUCAUAAUCUGAUUAAAUAACUACAAAAUAACCAUGAAAACAAAUCUGCAGAUGUGCAGAUUGUAAAAAUUAGACCUGUAAGGCUGAAUGUUUUGCGAAAUCUUUUGAAUGUCAAGAGGGACAAAGUUAAGAUUAUUCUGAGUCGACAGAUAAGAAGAGACGUCAGGAAGAGUUUUUGUCACAGUAGAAAGUCUCUGUGGUCCUACGCCGAGGCUUACUUUGGAGCUGGGACUAAACUCACAGUUUUAGGUAAGAAAACGACUCCUGAAAACACUAAACUUCUCUCUUAUUUUAUUUGUUUAGCUCAGAGAACACUAAAAAUACAAUGAGAAGAUAUUUUAUAUGUAAGCGUUAAAUUAAACAUUUAAAAACUGACAGAGUUUAAGAGAUUAAUUGAGGAAAAGUCUCAGUCUGUGCAGGUAAAAUCCAGCCUGUUGAAAGCUGUUCAGUUACAGUUGAGGCUGGAUUAAAGAUUUGGCUGUGAGCCCGGAUUAUUCCUCUCACUCUGAGUUCUUAUCAGCUCUGUGAAACACUGUGAACAACCAGGGAGAGGCUUACUUUGGAGCUGGGACUAAACUCACCGUUUUAGGUAAGACCUGCUCAAAAACUGAAAUACUAAUCUGUCUGCAAACUGCUCUAUAACUCCAUCAGGUCAGUUUUUCAUCUCAAACUCUUAAAAUCAGUUUAAGUUUAAAAGUUUAAAAAGACUCAAACGGCGUGUGCAGGUCUGAGUGUUGAGAGGUUUUUCUGCAGCCUUGUGUCAGUGUGAACAACUAUGAUCCAGCUUACUUUGGUGGAGGAACCAAACUCACUGUGAUCGGUAAGAAAAGGAUUUUUUAAAAUAUUCAGUAAAACAGCUUAUUUUGCUCUUCUUCUAAGUGAAGGUGAAAAAAAAAAGCUUUAAAGUUGAAAUUAUAAGUAGUCAAUACAGUUGUGUUUAACGGCUCAUCAGGUUAGAGGUGAUACACGUGUGAUUUUGGUUGAUUUGGAUGAAUAUUUUUUGUUUCAAUUUAGUGUUUUUAAUGUAAUUUUGACGUUUGUGUUUGUAUUUAAUGCCGCUUUAAGUCAGGCAGAAAGUUUUUAAACUGUUUUAAAAAGAGAUUUAAAAUCUAAAGGAGUUGAAAAAAGGUUGAUAAAUUAAGCUGAGAUGCGCUGCUGUGAGGACUUGAACGAAAAGCAACAAAAGACGAAUUUAAGAUGAAGCUUUGUUGGACAGUCAGAGAAAAAUCAAGAGGGUCUUCUUAGAGUAAAAGCUGUAGAAAUUAAUCCUCACGGGACAUGCUUAAAUAUAUUAAUUGUUUUCAAUAAUUCAGUGUAAAAAUAUUUAGGUUAUAGGUGUAAAAAAGGGUAAGGAGGUUUUAGAUAUUUUCAGUUAAAGAGGUCCAAAGAAAAGAAAGCUGCAAUCUUGAAAACAAUAAUUGAAUUUCCGUGUGUUGAAAGAAAACGUUUUGACUUCUUGGUUUUACUGUCAAACGCAAAAACGCUUUGCUAAGAUCAUAAAAAAUUGCCUUGAUUCUUUAACAAAAAACUUUACCCAUCUUAAAACUGUAAAUAUAAUUUUAUUCUUAACAUCAAAACUAAUUUCUCCAAGUAGAGCAUGUAAAAAAUAUGUACUUCUCUGAUAAACUUCCAAAUCUCGUCAUAAAGAGAAAAUAAAAACUCCAUUUCGUUCUUUUUAUUAAAUAAAAAAAGGUUAAAUAUAUGUCAAAUAAAAGAGCCACUUAAACAACUCUAAAUGUUAAUUUGUUAAAAUGUAAACAUAAACAGAUUUUGAUGGGUAGCAAAUCGUCAAAACUCUGUAUUUAAUUGAAAAAUGAGCAAAAACAAAAUGUCAGAUGUUAAAACUUGAAUUAAUUUGUCUGAUCACCUUAUACACAGUUUCCUCUUUGCACGGUCAGUUUUAACCUACAUUUAUGUCAAAAGUAAGAAACUGUUUACAGACUGUAGUUUUCGGAGGUGAUUUUGAGCCCAUGCAGCAACUUCCACUCCAGAGUCAGGUCUGUUUUUGGCGUAUCACCCAAAGAUCUUGGACAUACAGUUUUUGGUUUUCAGUCUUGUUCAGAUUCUCUCAAUCUUCUCAUGAUAUUAGGAACUUUAAAUGAUGAAAUCCACAAAUUCUUUGAAAUUAAACAUUCAGGAACAAACUGUUGAACUGUUAGCUCACACAGUCUCUCACAGAAUGACGAACUUCUUAUUUUUACUACCUGAGUUACGACCUUCUGAAAAAAUAAAACGAUAAAACGAUAAAACGAUAAAACGAUUUUCAAUAAAACGAUCAAAUUCUGUUAUUUAACAUUUACAGUGUCUCCAUAUUCUCAGGGUUGGUGUUGUAAAUGUAGUUACGGUUUGAAAACGGGGAAAUACUGUAAAAAUAAAUGAAUAAAUAAAACGGUUAAAAUUAGUUCAGCCUUCAGAAGAUCGUUGUCAGUUUGACGUUUUGGGGAAGGAACCAAACCAACAGUUCUUGGUAAGAUCUUUAAAUCAGACCAGUUUUUAUGCAAAAGACAAAAUAACAGAAAUGAAUGAGAGUGGUUUCUGCACACUGGGAUGAUCAUGUUGGUGAAAGUCCAGAUCUUCAUGUCCUAACUCCAGAUUUAAGGGUGUCCCCUGUGCAUCAGAUCUCUGCACAGUUCUUCUGUUUUUGUGGAUCAGUCUGCAGCUUUAAUCCGGUGAUUUCUGUCCUUUGUCUUUGCAGAAGAUGGACAUAACGUCACUCGUCCAACGGUCAAAGUUCUCCCUCCUUCUAAAAAAGAGUGCGGACGCCAGAAAGAGAAGAAAAAGACCAUCGUCUGUUUGAUCAGUGGGUUUUAUCCGGAUCAUGUCAAAGUCCGCUGGACCAUCGGUGAAGUCAGUGUCACAUCAGGGGUGUCCACUGACAAUGUGGCCAAGAAGGAGGGCAAUUUCUACAGGAUGAGCAGCAGGCUGAGGGUCCCUGUUACUGAGUGGUACAACGUGGAGAAUGAGUUCACCUGCAUCGUCAGCUUCUAUGACGGGGAAACGUGGGUCAAAAAAAGUGAUUUUGUUCGUGGACAACAAGGUUUGUUCAGAGAAACUUCAGAAACGAUCUCUCCUGAAUCUUUUUUCUGUUUAACUAAAGUGUCUCCUCGUCUGAUUCUUCUUUUUGCUCCUCAGACACGACCAAAGGAGGAUUUCCAAAGAGAGGUAAAGAUGAUUUUACUGUCAGUUCUGCUCCUCUGAGCCGUAAACAUACAGUCACCAGAAAAAGGCUUUAGUCAUGUAUUCAGAGUCAAACUAAAGAGAGAGCUGCUUGUUGAAACUGGAUCUGCUGAUUCUUGAACUUUCUGCAGAGAAAUACCUGAAGAUCACAAACGGGGCCAAACUGACCUACACCAUCUUCAUCGUGAAGAGCUGUUUCUACGGAGCCUUUGUCCUCUUUCUGCUGCUGAAGCUUCAGGUUUGUCCCGUUCAAAAUUCCUCUUUUCACUGUUUUUAACUUUAAAAUUUGUCUGAAUGAAUAAAAAAACAUCUUUUUCUUUGUUUCAGGGGGGAAAGCAGAAGAACUGA